AUGACAUCAAAUUCUCUUGUUGUUCCAAGUAUGCCAAAGAUGAACAGUUCAAAAGGUAGAGUGAAUAAAUUGAUGAAAGUUGAUCGUCUAUUUGUUUUAUCAACAUACACGAAAACAAUUUUAACAUUUGUUGCAAUACAAAUAUUCAUCACAUAUUGCGUUCUAAUCAUGGCAUCUGAAAUGAUAAACAUUUUGAGUAAAAAUGGAUUUUUCCGUGUGCAGUUAACUGUUGCUGUUUUAUCUGUAUUGAUCGCUUUUCUGAUAGCAUUAUUGAUCGCGCUUGUGAAGAAGAUCAGUGAAAGUUAUCCUCUGAACGUUGUCUUGGUGGUGUUUUAUGUAGAGCUCUAUGUUGAUAUUGGUGCAGAAAUAUUGUUCUUUUUUAUAACAAUAUUUAUAAGUCAUUUGACAGUUGGAAAAUCACGUUACUUUCUCUUCUAUCCAAAUUAUGCUUUUGCAUCAAUUUUCUUGUACACUGUGUUUUUCGCCUAUCUACCAGUCAAUAUUGAUAUGUUUGGAUAUAUUGCUAAUGCAAGUUCAAUAAACUGUACCAAAUCGAUUUAG